AUGGCUGAUGCUAGGACAAUGCAAUGCCUGCUGGCCGUCUCCCUCCUCGCCUUGGUUGCCCAUGCCCAUGCGCAGCUCUCGACGACCUUCUACUCCAGAUCCUGCCCCAGCCUGGAGACUACCGUGCGGGAGGUGAUGAAGCAGGCCGUCGUCAAGGAACAGCGGGUCGGCGCGUCGCUUCUGAGGCUCUUCUUCCACGACUGCUUUGUCCAGGGCUGCGACGGCUCCAUCCUUCUGGACGCCGCCGGAGGCGAGAAGUCCGCUGGCCCGAACGCCAACUCCUUGCGCGGCUUCGAUGUCAUCGACACCAUCAAGGCGCGCGUGGAGGCCAAGUGCCCCGGCGUCGUCUCCUGCGCCGACAUCCUCGCCCUUGCCGCGCGCGACGGAAAAUAUCUGCUCCGUGGACCGACUUGGAAAGUGCCGCUGGGCCGGCGCGACUCGACGACGGCGAGCCAAUCUCUCGCCAACGCCAACCUCCCCAGCUCCGGCUCAAGCCUCUCCAGGCUCAUCUCCACGUUCGCCAGCAAAGGGCUCUCAGCGACCGACAUGACGGCGCUGUCCGGCGCGCAUACCAUCGGCCUGGCCCGGUGCUCCACCUUCCGUGACCACGUCUACAACGACGCCAACAUCAACUCCUCAUUCGCUGCGCGGCGGCGCAAGACAUGUCCGCGAUCCGGCGGCGACAGCCACCUGGCCCCCAUGGACGUGCACAGCUCGAGGGUGUUUGACAACUCCUACUACCAGAACCUCAUGGCACGGCGCGGCCUGCUCCACUCCGACCAGGAGCUCUUCAACGGAGGGUCGCAAGACGCGCUGGUGCGGCAGUACAGCGCCAACCCUGCGCUCUUCCGGAAAGAUUUCGUGACGGCCAUGAUAAAAAUGGGGAACAUAAACCCGCUCACCGGCCUACAAACAGAUAGGACCGGUAUCGGAUUUUUGAUCGCCAUGGCUGAUGCUAGGAUAAUACACUGCCUGCUUGCCGUCUCCCUCCUCUCCUUCGUUGACCAUGCCCAUGCGCAGCUCUCGACGACCUUCUACUCCAGAUCCUGCCCCAGUCUUGAGACUACCGUGUCGGAGGUGAUGAAGCAGGCCGUCGUCAAGGAACAGCGGUUCGGCGCGUCGCUUCUGAGGCUUUUCUUCCACGACUGCUUUGUCCAGGGCUGCGACGGCUCGAUUCUUCUGGACGCCGCCGGAGGCGAGAAGUCCGCUGGCCCGAACGCCAACUCCUUGCGUGGCUUCGACGUCAUCGAUACCAUCAAGGCGCGCGUGGAGGCCAAGUGCCCCGGCGUCGUCUCCUGCGCCGACAUCCUCGCCCUUGCCGCGCGCGACGGAACAUUUCUGGAGCUCUUCAACGGAGGGUCGCAAGACGCGCUGGUGCGGCAGUACAGCGCCAACCCUGCGCUCUUCCGGAAAGAUUUCGUGACGGCCAUGAUAAAAAUGGGGAACAUAAACCCGCUCACCGGCGCCGCCGGACAGAUCAGGAAGAACUGCAGAGUCGUCAAUAGAUAG